GAAGCAGCUGGAGGGGAGAAGAUAGGAUAUCUGAGGAGCAGACAACAGAUCAUUACAGAAGCCUUACUUUAGACCAGAGGAAGGAGAAGUGCCUUUUUUGACAAGAUACCAACUUUUCACGCAGGUGACACUGAACCAUGAGGAGUGUGAGUGUGUGUUUCUGCCUGGCUCUGCUGCUGCCGUGGUGUGUCCAGAGCCAGAGGAGCGGCACUUCCUCUCUCGCUAAACUCGAUGAAGACACACAGAGGGAUGUGCUGGCUGUCGACAUCCUCAACCGCAGUGGGUUGUUGAACUCAUUGCUCCGAUCAGAGCGCCACACGGUGCUCCGUCGAGAACGAGCCCCUCGCCCGGCCUCCCAGGUGCCGAAGAGAGCCCAGCAGGGGUCCCGCUUCGCCCUCUCCCUCGACGUACCCACCAGCAUCCUCAGCGUCCUCAUAGGCCUGGCCAAGAACCAGGACAUGAGGACCAAGGCGGCAGCUAAUGCAGAACUGAUGGCACGGAUAGGCAAGAGGAAAUAAGAAGCGCCCGGGGCCCCUGGGAGCCUUCAGAGGCUCCAAGGACAAACCUCAGAGGAGUUAGCCUCUUACAUCGUGGCACCGACACCUGCUUAGAAACAGUGUUAGUUCAGGGGAAAUCAGUCAUUAUGCUUAUGGUCAGUAUCUGUCCUUUAGAGCUUAGAUCUGCUUUACUUUUAUACUUGUAUUAUCUGAUGAUAUGACCUCGUUCGCCACCUGAAUUAAAAGAGAAGAAAGUAGAAAUAACUGCAAGCAGAGAAGGAUGAAGCUGCUCUCAGAAACUGUGAUGAGGUUUCUUGUGUUCAUGUGUAAUCUUGAAUUCAAAGAAAAGUUUGUUCAAUUAA